AUGUUCACGGGUAUCGUCGAGCUUCUGGCUCCCAUCAUCGACAUUUCGCCCCAGGAUGCCUCCAAGUCAGGUGGUGGUGGCUACUCGAUGACCAUUGGCAAGACCGCCGCCAUUCUCAAAGACUGCCACAUUGGCGACAGCAUCGCAGUCAACGGCACCUGUCUCACCGUCACCGAGUUCGACGCUUCCGAAUCCAACCAGGGCGGCUUCUUCAAGAUCGGCGUCGCUCCUGAGACGCUCAAGAAGACCAACCUGGGCGAGCUCAAGGUGGGAGAUGGCGUCAACUGCGAGCGCGCCAUGGACGCACACACCCGAUUCGGCGGACACUUUGUUCAGGGCCACGUUGACACCACCGCCCUCAUUCGCUCCGUCGUUCCGAACGGCAACGCACUCACGAUCACAUUGAGACUGCAGCGCAAGCCAGAGUCGCUUCCUCUGCCCUCAACGCUUUCACCCUAUCUGAUCCCGAAAGGCUACGUCACGCUUGACGGCGCGUCAUUGACUCUGAUCGAGGUUUCACCAGCGACAGGCGGACUGCUGCCCUCCAACUCCACAGCAGGCGAUGUUCGAGAAGAUGCACAGACGCCCAAGAAGGAGAUCGUCGAGUUCUCAGUCAUGCUCAUCGCGCAUACGCAGGAGGUGAUUGGACUGAGCAAGAAGAAGCCUGGUGACACGGUCAAUGUGGAGCUCGACAUGGUGGGCAAAUACGUACAUCGCGCGGUGCUAGGCUCGCUCGAGAGGGAUGCGGAGGAGCACGCUGAGGCUGCCAACAGCGUGGAUGCUGGAAGGGAGGCUGUUGGCACUGCAGUCGGACCAGCCUCGUCGCAGGCGUUGGAAGGCAUGGUGGAGAGGAUAGUUCGAAAGGUGCUCAGCGAGCAGAAGUAA